AUGCUGCUACAAAAAGCAAUAGAGACACCCCACAAGUUGCCCAAGUCGGAAGAACUUAAGGGCAGACAGGAUGUCAUACAGGAAGGAAUAAAAGCAGGAAGGCUAAAACUAGCGGAUAAACCUCCAUUAAAGCUAGCUCCAGCAGAGGCAGAUGAGUCACAACGGAGACUAGCCAAAGGCAACUAUCUCGGCUGGGGUAGUGCUGUGCAGCAAGUGCAAGUGAGAAAGAUUGGAACAUCACACCAACAAGGCCCAGUUCCGGCUUCAUCUAAGGACACAGCCAGACAGAAGGACUAUCUAAGGCUUGCCCAAUGGAGCAGAAAAGUGAUAGAGCAGCCAAAGAAAGAAAUACCAAUUAAGAUGCCCGGAAAUGACAAGCCUCUCGCAACCAUCAUAGAAGGCAGAUAG